AUGAUUUCCUCUAUUCUAGGACUCCUCCUCUUGACUGCCUCUGGCGUCUCUUCUGCAUCCUGGAACACUACUUGCAGCACCCCAACGGAACGAAAGGCAUGGAAUGCGAUGACAGACACGGAAAAGGCAGCUUACAUCGAAGCUGAGCUUUGUUUGAUGAAUAGCACGGCCAAAGCUGGCAUCGACGGCGCCUUGAACCGUUGGGAUGAACUUGAUUGGGCCCAUAUAACCCAGUCCAAUGUCAUCCACAACGUCGGGGCUUUUUUACCCUGGCACAGGUACUUUGUCCGGGUCCACGAAUAUCUCUUGCAGUCUGAAUGUGGUUACGAAGGCGGCCAACCCUACUGGAACGAAACGCUCGACAUGGAUGACCUUGCAGGCUCUGAAAUCUUCGACCCUGACACUGGAUUCGGCGGCGAAGGCGGCGAUUGUGUGACGGACGGCCCAUUCGUCAACUUGACCUUGCACAUGAGCUCGAGCUCAACGUCAGACAGCUACUGUCUGUCACGAUCACUCAACUCAAAUGGCUUCCAGACUGGUGCACAGGAGUACAUUGACGAAUGCUACAACACCGAUACGUACGAGGAAGCGUUUGAGUGUUACCAAGUUAAUCCCCACACUGCAGGGCAUUCCGCCGUCGGAGGAGUGUUGCUUGAUGUGGUUGGAAGUCCCGGUGAACCCAUCUUUUACCUUCAUCAUGCCAACUUGGAUCGCCUCUGGUGGGAGUGGCAGCAAGCCAACCUCACCUACCGCUUGACUGAUAUGGGUGGACGCAACGUCCCUCUGACCAGCUACCUUGAGCAAAAUGGUAUGGAGGAGCCGGGUGCUGCUUUUUUAGACUACGAUGGUGAUGACGGUAACGUGACAACGCUCAACCACAACCUUUGGAUGGUCGGCAUCGUUGCCAAUGCAACAAUCAGAGAGGUUAUGAACUUGGGCGGCGAUCUCAUUUGCGCGGAGUACGUUUGA